AUGCCUCGAAAAGGAUGCAAAUCCCAAUGCCAGAAAAGUGCCAGAGAAACAGCACUUACACUGGCUGCUGCUGCUGCUGGUCAUGCAGAAGUGGUUCAGCUGCUAUUUGGAAACGGGGCCAAAGUUAACCAGAACAACACGAAUGAUGAAAAGGACGCGGCCGCACUGCAUAGGGCUGCAGAGAAUAGAAGCAAAGAGAUAGUCCAAGUAUUAUUAGCGAAUGGCGCUGAUAUCAAUUUAAAGGUCUUCUGGGGUGAUGGGCCGUUGCGCAAGUUUGCAAAAAGGAACAACUCAGUAGUCACGCAGAUGCUGUUAAAGAAGGGUACAAAAGAUAAUCGGAUAUCGACCACGGAAGCAGGCAUGGAAGCAUAUGAGGUUUUAACAAGUGGGAGCGCUCGAAUUGAAUACGCUUAA